AUGAGUAGAAUUAAGAUAGACUGCUAUGGUGUUUUCAUUAUUCUGAGUCCAAUAGUUCAAAUCAAAUCUCAAAUAUGUGAAAAAACACCUCAAUAUGGUGAAUGUUCCACGAAUAGUGCUUGUGGAUGCUUUCAUAAGGUAGGUGCUAAUGAUGAUACAAGUAUUUGUGGUUUUCUAUGGCCAACAUGUUCUCGUCUUUUACGAUGCAAUUCUACGAACAAUUCAUGUAUUCAAUCGAAUACGAUCUGUGUUCAACAUCCUCAAUGUGAUGAUCGUCCUGUUUCUUAUCCAAUGAAAAAUAAAAUUAUUCAUAGAUGGAAACAAAAGGGAAUAGCUGUUACUGGUGAAAACGGACAAGGAAAUCGAAAUAAUCAGUUGUCAAAUCCAUAG